UGGAAUGAAGAUUCAUAAAGGAAGCACGUAUCAUUACUUCACCAUUCAACAAAACAGCGAUUGUAAUUUAUAUAUUCUGUAUAUUUUUCUAUACUAUUUAAGAAAUAGAGUUUUAAGAUUGCUAGCAAAUAAUCGCUGGAGAUGGGAGCGGCUGUGUCUUUGCCCUUGCCGGAUGGACUACUUGAAAACAAAUUUACAGGUGUUGGAAUAUACAACAAUUCUUCAUUUAUACUUUUAUAUCCAGGUAGGCAAGAGAUUGAUGCAGUUAUCAAGGGAAUCCGACUCUUCUGGACAUUGGGUAUUGAAAGUGAAGAAGUCAAACUAACACAAGCCAAUCAAUCACCAACAUGUUACCUCAUUAAGCUUGUAGGUGCACACUUUGAUAUUCUCUUCAAAGAAGAAGCUGUUAAUUUUCGAUUAAUGAUAACCGAUAUAUUACAGAGCUAUAAUCAUCUAGGGUGGAAGUUGCUUGUAUCAACAGAUCUUAGCUGCGAAGAUGACCAAACUACAUUUAUUUUUCAACGACAAGGUGGUAACAAAGAAUUGUCAACCCUUUUUAACAUUGGUUUAUCCUCAAACGAUAAACUUCAAAUUUCUAAGAGUAAUCCCCAGGUAUAUCAGAUGAUUAGAGAUGUUUGUAGUACUGUAUGGACUCCUGGUAUACAAAAAGAAUCUCAACCGCAUUCUGAAGCCAUGGAGAUUAAACUGGAAGGUACUCCUUGGGAUCCUUUAGAUAAAAGCGAUGCUUGGCGAUCACGUCGUUUAAUUACCCGCAUUAUUGAAACCUUGGAUUGUAAAAAUGUUUCUCUUUACGGUAACAGCAACUUAAAGAGUACACAAGAUACGCUUUUCUUUGAAGUACCUAGAACCCCUCAUACUCAGCAAGAAUGGAAAGCAUGGAAAAGGCAUGUUUCAAUCAGUUUCGUAAAGACAGAUCGCAUUCGAUUAGUCAAUGCACCUGUGAAAAUCAGUGAUGUUUUACACCAAGUUCUGACGAGAUACUUCCGCGAUGGUGCUGUAAAAACAGCUCGAAAACAUGAAUGCUUUGAAUAUAAAACAACAGGAAAAUUAAAAUGCAGUCCAGGAAACGAAUCCAUUGCAGCACGACUGAUGAUAUCUGAAAUCCUACGGGAAUUUUUAGCAAACGGCUAUGAAAUCCAAACUGCAAUAGACAUAUCUCGCAAGGAAAGUGACAAAGAUAUAUUGUUAUUUCGAGAGGCAGAGCCUUUGCGUACGACAUUUUUCUGCUUGUCUCCUCGUUUUAAGAAUCAACUGACGUUUAUAAAUACACCGCCUGAGAUGAUUCAGGUAGCGAAACAGCUUUUAUUUGAUUGUAAAUUUGAAUGCAGUGAUCUUUUGAAAGACCAAGUAUCAUGUACAAUCGAAUUAGGUGGUUCACCGUGGCAUUCUGUGGCAAAAGGCAAUGGCAUCCACGGUAGAGUACUUGUACUCGCAUUAAUCAAUGUUUUCUCAAAGCAUGGUUGGCGUGUUAAAGCAUCCAUGGAUGCAACAGUGCACCAAAACAAAGCUGACGGCUCGACUGAUGUCCACAGUUUGUAUUUUAUGUACGACCAAACUUUAGCUGCGCAGAAGGAAACGUGCGAUACUAAAGAUGCUUAUGGUCAUGCGUCUGCACCACCGGGUGCUAGUUACCAACCCCUUGAAAAUCCGCCAAGUUAUGAUGAAGCCAUGGGGAAGAAACCUCUUUAAGGCGGUAUAAGGGGAGUUGUUGUUAAUGCUGUCUACAAUGCCUCAUUUAUGAAAAAACGUACAAAGAAAGAAAGAAGCAUUUUACACCUUUAUUUUUGGAUAGUACAAUUUUAAGUUGUUGUCAUUGUGUAAAGUAAACCUAUUUAGCUAGCUAAAAGAGAACGAAAUUUGAUGAUAAAGCUGGCUAACCAUAAUAGUUAUUUUUUAUCGUGUCUGUUCGAUGAGUAACUCACAGCGGCACAAUAAAUUAGACCGCAUCUUCUGAAAUGACAUCUUCUUAUUUAGCAAUUAUUUUGCUGUAGUCGUCCUCAUUAAUAAAUACUGCAUCUGAA